AAACGACGUCGAAGCGAGUUCUAUCAUAUCAUAGGAUAGCAUUUGGAUUCGGAGGUGAGUCCUCCUCUGCUGAGGGCGAAACAGACAGAGGACUGAUCAAGCAAAGGAGUAUGGAUACGACUAAAGAAGAAGAAAAAGCAGACGACGAACAGCAACAACAACAACAACAACAACAAAAACAACAAAAAAUUGAUCUUGUUGAAAAACUCGUGAAGGGGAAAUCUUGUAAGGGAUAUCUUUUUUACUCUUCCUCUCUCAAAUCCCAUCAUCGAAACCCUCGUUGCAUUGGCAUCCCUCGUGCUCUUCCUCAAGUACCCAACUAUGUUAUCCGACACUCUGAGCUUGAAGCUUCCGAGGAUGGGCGUGUGCUUAUAGAUUUCUAUUAUGCUUGUGUUGGUUACUCUGUAUACAAAAAUGUAAAUGCGGUUUCAACUGAUAUGCUACCAAAUGUGAAUGAUGUUUCAACUGAUAAGGGAGUGACAAGAAGACAAUUGCCUGUCUGUUUUGGCCUGGAGCUUCUAGUGGAUAGAAAAGCUCCUGCUCCUUCUCCUACUCCUGCUCGUGCUCACGAUAGAGAAGAUAUGCAUGAACGCCCUCAAUCUCGCGUGCAUAAUAAGCCAGCUCAUCAAUCAGGAGAAAACUUCCUGAACAGGUUUACAAGGAAUGCAAACCUGGUUGCAUCAGGAGUGGCAAAGAACAUGCGGAGAGUGGGGAACUACGUAAAAGAGGGUGUUGAGGAUAUUAUGUACCCGUAUCGGAAGCGACCUAAGUAAGGUUUGCCCAUCCUUGUGUGUAAGAAACAGUGCAUAAAAAAGUGGCCAAGAAGCAGGAUUAGCAUCAUCAUAAAUUUAUGCUUGUUCAAUAUUUGGUUCAUGUUUGUUCCUUGCUCGACACCCAUUGCCUCUGCUUCCUUCUUUGCGGAAUAAAUAACCGAUGCAAACGCGAGAGAGAUGAGUUGAUUCAGCUUAUUCGUGUCUAUGGUUUGUUGUAGUUGUUGACCUAGGUAGGAAGAGGUGACAACUAACAGAGGUUUCAUUAGUAAAAGUAAUAUUUACCACCUUUGGUUGUCUAAUUAUAGCUUUACUUGAUGGUGUUCUCUCUUGUACAAGAUGAAUUGUUACCCUCCCUUCUUCCCCAUAAAUUUAUUUUUGAGAUGGCUUCAAGACUA